CGAAGUGAACUGCCGGCGCCGACAAACGAAGUGAACUAUUGCACUGACAAUCCCCUCUGUUCUCAGUUGUGUCGUCAGUGAGUAGCGUUCGGCUAGUUGGACAAUAACUAUACCCUUGUAGAAGACUGCUACGGCCCACUCUCCCUGGGUGCGAUAGAGAGUUGAUACCCCUGGUGACAGUCGGUGACGGUGUGGUAAUCACCCUGGUGAUGUCAACAUAGCUGGGCUAACCCCCUCCCGGCGAGGGAAGAGUCCCUCCUCUACCACGUGACACGGGUACGUCUGUCUGGUGGAGGGUACGUGUUGUGGUGGGGAUAUAUGUGUUGAUAUUGAACACUAGCUUCGACAGAACGGAGUUGGGCGACUUUCAUCGCCGAGCGCUUGAUAUAGGAGUUCAUACACCACGUGUAACAAAUAUAAGCCAUGUCAGCGCCCCCUGGUGGACGGGUGGAGAUACUCGUGUCCUGCCAGGACCUGGCCGAUCUGGACGUGUUUACAAAGACUGACCCUAUGUGUGUCCUGUUUGUCAAGCUCUUCGGCCAGUGGAAGGAACAUGGACGGACAGAGGCAAUCAGGGAAUCUCUCAACCCCAAGUUCACACAGGUCUUCAUCGUGGACGUACAGCCUGACGUGCAGCAACAACUCAUGUUCUCAGUAUACGACAUCGACAGCAGAUCAUCGGACUUGCGCCAUCACGACUUUGUUGGGUGCGUGGAGGUGACACUGGACUCCCUGGUUGACGUCACCAAACCUUGGACCACCACUUCCAGGAUUCUUCGAGUAGCAGGUGAUCCGAAGUCUCGCGGCUUUAUUAACCUGACCGCCGAGAUUGUGCGAGAAACACGGAGCAAGGCCCAGUUCCAUGUAGCAGGCCACAAACUGGGGAAGGUUGGCUUUCUCAAUAACCGCAAGCCAGACACGUAUCUUGAGAUCGGCCGACAGAUCAACAGCGUGACCUACCAUCCUGUGUUUAGGACAGAGGUGCAGCAUAAGACAAGGAACCCCAGCUGGCGUCCGUUCGACGUGAGCAUGCAACGGCUCUGCAACGACGACCUUGACCGCCCAAUACAGUUCUCCUGCUGGCAUACGAGCUAUGGGGCUGGGUUCAAGUCUGCGUACGACAAAAUAGGGGAAUUUGUUACCACAGCCAGAAAGCUUCUCAACGCGAAAAGAGUCAACAAUUACAAGAGCUUCCAUCUGAUCUGCCCAAAGAAGGAGAAGAAGAAAAAGAAGGAUGUCACUUCCGGCAGCGUUAGAUUUUACCAGUUCCGUGUUGACAAGCAGUACUCGCUGAUGGACUUCGUGCGAGGUGGAUGUCAGCUGAGACUCAUUAUUGCCAUCGACUUCACCGCUUCUAAUGGCACACUGUCGGACGAACUAUCUCUACAUAACAGCAAGGAUGCUAAGAACCAGUACUUGGCGACGAUACAGACACUGGGAGCCAGCAUAUCCCGCUACGAUGUGGAACAGAAGAUAGCAGUGUUUGGAUUUGGCGCCAAGAGAACAUCAGACGACAAUCCGCUUCACUGUUUCCCGCUCAGAGACAACGAAUCCAAUAUCUGGGUCAACGGGGUCAAGGGUGUAACAGAAGCCUACACAAACGCCCUCCCAACUCUCACCUUUGCUGGGCCAACCUGCGUGGCACCGGUCAUAGCAACCGCUGCUGACGUCAUCCGUGACGUCCUUGUCACCCAGGACAACCAGAUAUAUCACGUGCUGCUUAUUCUUACAGAUGGAGUAAUUAACGAUAUCGACGACACAAUUCAUCGCCUUAUUGACACGAGUGAUCUCCCUUUGUCAGUUAUCAUCGUAGGCGUUGGCCCAGCUGACUUCACGUUGAUGGAGCAGUUCCGUACAAGGGACAACCGGCCGCUAUCAGAUGACCACAGCAAAAAGACUGCAACCCGAGCCAAUGUCCACUUCACAGCUCUGAAGAAGGAAGCCUUGGUCAGCGGGGGAAGCCUCGCUGUGGUGCAAGAAGCCCUCGCCUCGCUGUCAGCCCAGUUCCUCCACUACAUGAAGAGCCACAACAUAACCCCAAACAGACCCCGCCUAGUGAAAGCUGAUCCCCGGAACUCCUGGGUAGGGUCAACAGCAGAGGAAAGGGAGGGGCUCGAGACAAUGGGGAUGAUGUCAGCACCCUCUAUGACGUCACUGGCGUCCCGGGGAUCAAGAGGCUCGGCCAUGUUCACACAGACGGGUCCGUUCUGCCCAACGUGCGGGUCGUCUGUUGGGGAUGGCCUAGGGGGGUCGCUGUACGAUGUUCACACCUUGUAGUGUGGCGCCAAACUUUAGGAUGAGUGGACAUAAAGGUAAACAACAUGUGCUCCAGCAAUCGAGUGGGUAAAACUGUGGACAAACAAAAUAACAGAAAUGUGGUUCAACUGACUGGUGGAAUCGUGAGCAGGAUACCAGACACGUGGAGGUAGAAAAACCAAGUUCUAUGGAUAGUCAACUUCUUUAUUGCAAUAGGUGCGACG